UGCAAUUCGGACUACUGCUGCGGAAACUUUGUUAGAAUUGCAUAAUAUGGAAUUGAUCGAACAAUGGGGUCCAAAAGAUCGAAAAAUGCGUAAUUUUUGGUCAAUAAGUUCCCAAGUAAUGCUCGUUAUUUCUCGGCAAAUUUUGGAUUUCAAAGAACGUGAUGAAGGAACAAAAUAUUUGCUUGAUCUUUUACUUCAACUUUUCAAUCGUCGAAAUGAAUUUUUAAAAGCUCACAAGGAUGAAACAAAUGUUGGAAUUAAUGCACCUGAACGUCUAGGUUGUAAUGUUGCAUUGGAAAUUGCUUUAUUAGUGUUAUUGUGUUCUGCAGAUACGGAUAUAUGUCAAAUGGCAGUGAAUUGUUUCCGUCAUUUAUGCCUUGAAGCUCAGUUAACUACAGAGCUUGUAUCCGAUGAAGUUGAUGUACAAUCAGCACCUCCAUCUGAAUUACCAAUUGUGGAAAAUAUGGAUGUAUAUAUGGAAUUGUCCUCAUCAUCUUAUGUAGUUCCGGGUCGAAUGGCGCAACAGAAACGUAUUCGUAGGUUAUUACGUUUAAUGAAAACACCCACUACCGGUAAUUUUGCCGCAUGGGAAGAAGCAUAUAAACGUUGGAAAUCACUUACUGGAAUGAUUGCAAAACCAGCUGAAGAUAUAUCAGUACAUGAUCCAGAACGUAGGGGUCGCAUUCCUUGGCAUACUACUAGUCCAGCAAGACCUCUAGGUACUAGUGCCACAACAAUAUCAGAGUCACAAACGACAGAAUGGCACAAUUAUACUGGAUUUUUAGCGGCUUUGGGAGGAUGUUGCGUUUUUGACAAACCAAUAAAUGGUUCGACUACUAAACCACAAGAAUCAAAUCAAGUAAUGGUUGAAAAAUAUGUUCAUGAUAUGGUAGAUUUACUUGUCUGCGAUUCUGUGUAUGUACGCGAAAGUGUCAAAGAAAUUCUGGGCUCAGAGCUGAGUCCAAGAUUAUAUGUUAUUCUCUUUAAGCAUAUUGAAUCAAUUGUAUCUCAAUUUUUUGAUGAGGAUGGAGAUGUAUUUCAAACGGAAAAAAACACACUUUGCGUGGAACAAGCAAUAUCUGUUUUAAAGCUCAUUUUGGAUCGUAUCCAAGAUGCUUCUGAAAACUUAUACGCAGUAGACCUUGGAGGAUUAGUUUUAUCGUUUGCUCGAUAUUUAAAUAGACUUGGCGCAAAUCAUGUUGCAUUACGAAUUAAAAAAAGAAUGUGCCAAUUGGCAGAUACGUUAAUGCAAAAAAAGGACUAUAUCACACUUCGCCAAGAAAUAGUAUUACGUAAUAGACUGUUGGAAAUAUUUAUUGAGUGGACUUCAGAUUAUUCAAUGACGACUGAUGGUCAAGGCAUUAGCGAGAAUCUUUCAAAUAAAAGUGAAAGGUUACACCGAGAUUUGGACCAAGCAUGCCUAAAAACAAUUGUUUCAUUAUUGGCGCAAUUACCAUUACAACCAUCAGAAACGGUGCAUGAAGCAGAAAUUAGUGGUGUAAAAUCUCGGCUUUUUUUUAAAUAUUUUUCCUUCUUCAUUAAGUUACUGAACAGAUGUAGAAUUCUUGAGGCUAUUGAUAGUGGAACGCAUUCAGCGAGAAAUAAUCAAGAUUUGCAAAUGUUACUAACGAGGUCUAGGGAGUAUGUAAAAGAUUUGGGACCUUUGAAGGACUACACAAUUUUAGCUUUAAGUAAUUUGCUUAGCGCUAACGUAGACUCUGGAUUGAAAUUUUCACUAUCAAUGGGAUAUCAUGAAGACACAAAGACCAGAACGGCAUUUAUGCAAGUCCUUACCAAUAUUCUUAAUCAAGGCACUGAAUUUGAGGGCCUUGCAGAAAAUGCAAUGAACGAUCGAUACGACAGGCUUGUUGAAGUAUAUAAAAUAUUUUCAUUAUCGUUAUGCGAUGUCUGCCCGGUUUCUGACAUAGAUGAUGUUUCCCGAGUGCUUCUGGCCGUUUUUGAUUCUCGAAAUAAAACUAUGCCUCUGUUGAAAGGCAUCAUUGAAAAAGAAGUUUCAAAUACCGAAUAUGAGUCUGAUUUAUUCCGACGUAAUUGUAUGGCUACACGCAUGUUGGCUGCUUUCGCUAAAAUUCACGGGGCAGAAUAUUUGCGUUUCACGUUACAACCUUUAAUAGAUGAUCUCCUCAGUAAACCCAGUGAUUUCAGCUGCGAAUUGAAUACUGAUAACCUUCUUCCUGGUGAGGAUAAAAACAAAAAUUUAAUUAACCUGAAGACCACAGCCCAAGCUUUCUUGGAUGGUAUUUGUGAUUCUGGGUCAAAUAUGCCUAGAACCUUUCGUCAAGUAUGCUAUUAUAUAGGAAAUUCUGUUGAAAAAAAAUAUCCACGUGCUAAAUGCACUACAGUAGGAGCAUUUGUGUUUCUGCGCUUCUUUAAUCCAGCAAUUGUAUCACCAGAUAAUGAAAACCUAUGUAAACCUAUUCAAAAUGUAAAAAUUCGAAGGACAUUAUUAUUAAUCACAAAAGUUAUUCAGAAUCUUGCGAAUAACGUACUUUUUGGCGCAAAAGAACCUUUUAUGAUUGUUCUUAACGAGUUUUUAAAUGAUAAUAUUGUUAAAGUAACUGCAUUCUUGGAAGAAAUUUCU